AUGGUUAUCUACAAAUCCCAGUGCGACCCUAUUCCUAUUCCCAACCUCGAUCUUUAUACGUUUCUCUUUCAAGAUAGUCCUUUUAACACACAACGUGAUCGUAACUUGCCCUUUGUCAUUGAUGGCAAGACCGGCAAGACAUUGUCUUUCAAUCAAAUCUUUGAUCUCUCGGGCAGGAUAGCUUCUGGAUGGAACAAUACAGUGGGAUUAAACAAGGGCGACGUUGUUGCUGUGUUCGCACCCAAUCAAUAUGACCAUUGUGUGCUAUACUAUUCGCUGCUGGCAGCCAAGUGCACCAUUUCACCAGGUAACCCUGAUUACACAGAAGAUGAAUUCCAGCAUCAAAUUUCAACUUCGGGUGCCAAGGCAUUGGUUACAAUUCCUGCUCUUCUUCCUGUACUUGAACGUGUUUGUGCAAAGAACAACAUCCCCAAGGAACGCAUUUUUGUAUUUGGCGACUCCUCUUCCGGUUACAAAUCCUUCUACGACCUUGGCAUCAACCAACCCCAUGUCGGGCAUCCUAUCCAUGGUCUCAAUGGCAAAGACGACCUUGCUUUCAUUUGCUUCUCAAGUGGAACAACAGGUCUUCCCAAAGGCGUCAUGCUCACCCACCACAACUUUAUUGCUCAAAUGAUUCAAGUCACCAGCUUCGACCAGAACGCCAACAUUGCUUCCGAUGUCAUUCUCGGCUUCUUGCCCUUCUACCAUAUCUUUGGUAUCACGUCGCUUAUCUUUGGAGCCUUUUAUCGUGCCAAUCCUAUUGUCAUCCUGCAAAAAUGGAAUAUCGAGCAGUUUUGUCAGCUGGUUGAAAAGUACAAGGUGACCAACGUUAAUAUCGUGCCUCCCAUUGCUGUGCAGUUGGCCAAAAGCCCCGUUUUAUCAAAGUACGAUUUGACUUCAUUACGUAUCUUGGGAUGUGGUGCAGCUCCCUUGGGAAAGGAACAUGUCGAAGCAGUACAAGCUCGUAUCCCAGCUGCGAUCAAGCAAGGGUACGGAUCGAGUGAAACUUGUGCUGGAUGUGUUUAUCAACGUGUGGGAGUCAGCCCUGCUGGAUCGAUUGGUUACCUCACUGCAAACACUGAAUUGAUGUUGGUUGAUGAAAAUGGCAAUGAAUUGGGAGAUGAUCAAGAAGGCGAGGUGCUUUUACGUGGUCCCGUUAUCAUGAAGGGAUACCUCAACAAUCCAGAAGCCAACGCCAAGACAUUUACAGCCGAUGGAUGGAUGCGCACAGGCGAUGUUGGCAAGUUUGAUACGAAGACAGGCGAGUUUUACAUUGUGGAUCGUAUCAAGGAAUUGGUCAAGUACAAAGGUUUCCAAGUAGCACCAGCAGAACUUGAAGCUCUAUUGAUCAAGCACAACGAUGUAGCCGACAGCUGUGUGGUGGGCGUAUAUGAAGCGGCACAGGCUACAGAGCUUCCAAGAGCUUAUAUUGUCCUUCAACCCCAUGCAAAGCCAAGUCCUGCCAAGGCUAAGGAGCUGAUGGAAUAUGUAGCAAGCAAUGUUACCCAAUACAAGCGCUUACGUGGUGGUGUUCGGUUUGUGGAUGCUAUUCCCAAGAGCCCAAGUGGAAAGAUCUUACGACGGGAAGUAAAGAAAUGGGUCAAAGAGGAACAAGAGCAAGAAGGUGCACGCGCCAAAUUGUAA